GAAAAAAAUAAAAAAAGUAAUGAGAAGCCCCAGGUACAAGAGUCUGAUGAUGUCUUCCUCCCUUCCGUCGCAGAAGUAUCUUCUCAAGCCACUAGAGUGGAAGUGGAACAUCCUGGAGAAUUUACAGAAAUUCAGCUCAGUGAUGAAGUAGAGGAUGUGAAAGCUGUAAAUGAUGUGUGCGACAUCCCCCAGAGUAAUUUACCUUCAGCAAACAGAGGGUCUUCCAUAGUAGCCUUAGAGCCUCCCACAGGUGCAGAAGAGUUCAAAGCUGAUCCUUCCCAUGAGGAACGUGGCGGAGAUGUUGAGAAGAGUGGAGAAAACAAGUUGGACAAACGUGACAGCCCUGUGGAGGCAGUUGCUAGUGAGUCAGGGAACCCUGAUUUAUCGAGUAGUACCUUUCAUUCCAGUGCUACUGUCUCUCAGACAGUAGUGGGCUUUGUGCGGGACAAAGGAACUGAAAAUGUACAAGAUGUUAAAAAUCCUCUUAUCCAUUCCUCAGAGAAGCUUCCUCUUAGGGUCUCGCAGCUCACUGAGAAAUCCAAAACAUGCAUUCAGCGACCGGGAUUGAAACCAGUUUAUCCAGACUUAUCGACUGAGCUGUCCUAUGAGAGACCAACCAUAAUGGCAGUUAAGCCACUGUUGCACAGUGAAAGGCUGUAUCCAGAGCUCCCAGCUGAACCAGAACUGGUGCCGUUUACCAGAGAACAGCUGAAAAUCUUUGAGCCGUGCUCGUGGUUGGAGAAUGUCGAGUCCUAUGUGGAGGAAUUCGAAACUGUGGCUCAUCAGGACAGGCAUGAAUUUUACGAACUGCUCCUGAACUAUAUGCGCUGCAGGAAGCAGAUGUUGCUGGCUGAGACGGAGCUGCAGGCCAUGACGACAGACUGCCAAAAUGUUAAGGGGAGAUUAUGGACUUUUAAAGAAGAACAGAAAACUGUGCAGGGUGUCUGUGCAGACCUGUGCAAAGUGAUAGGUCACCAUCGCUACCAGACUGUGGAGCUGAAUGAGGGCGUGCUGGGGGAACUGAAAAAGCUGUUUGAAGCCAAAGCAGAGCAUGUGCACCAGACACUGGCGCUGCACUCGUACACCUCGGUGUUGUCCCGGUUGCAAGUGGAGUCCUAUGUCUACAGAUUGCUCAGCAGCUCGUCCCUGCUGAGAUCAGUGGCUCUUCAGCAGCAAGAACAAGUUUCGAAGCAGUCAGAAAGUCUUUCUUCAGACUUGAGCCACUUGAAGGAGUGUAUCAGCGUCCUUUUCAGUUUCACUCGCAGAGUUAUCGAAGAUCCUCAGUUUCAGAGCGACCUUCUCAUGUGGCUGCAGAGAUUGGUGUCAGUGUUGCAAAGAAUUGGCUGUCCAGGUGACCAUUUCUUCCUCUUCAACCACAUCCUUCGGUGUCCCGCUGGGAUCAGCGAAUGGGCUGUUCCGUUCAUUCAGAUCAAAGUCUUGGAUAACCCAUCAGGUGUCUUUCAUUUCAUGCAAUCUCUUGCCUUGCUUAUGUCUCCUGUCAAAAAUCGGGUGGACUUCAUGUGCCAUAUGAAACCAAGUGAAAGGAAAAGUUCCUCUUCAUCUGGAAAGGAAUCUGGAAACUGGACCUUGGUAGAUGAGGGAGGAGAAGAGGAUGAGGAUCCUGAAACAAGCUGGAUUCUGCUUUUGGAAGAUGACUUGAUUUCCCUGUUGUCACAGUUUCCAUUUCAUGAACUCUUUCAGCAGUUCCUUGGGUUUAAGUCUGGAGGUGCUUAUUUUCCUGAAAAAACAACUCCCCAGGAGAUGAUGAAGAUUUUUGCUUUUGCAAACUCUUUAGUGGAACUUCUGUCUGCAGGGUUAGAAACGUUUAACAGAGCACGGUACCGACAGUUUGUGAAGCGAAUUGGUCAGCUGAUCAAGAUGACACUUUGUCAUGUGAGUGACCACUGGGCCCAAUACGUUAGCAGCAAUAAGCAGUACGGAUCAGUGUCGCAUCCCUACUCUGUGGAAAAAUUGCAACUGGAGUUUGAUGAGCUGUUUUUUAGAGCCGUUCUACAUGUUCUGAAGGCAAAAAG